CAAGAAAGAAGUGAGACAGAGAAGCACGAUGGAUGAAUUCAGAUGGAUUCAAAUGUUUUUAUGUCUGAUGAUUCAGAUCGCAGUCUCCUCAACAGUAUCUGUAAAUGAAACAUCCAUGUUUAUGAAAGUUGGAGAUGACGUCACUCUGCCUUGUGUAAAUGUGAUAGAUGAGCAGAAUAACUGUAAUGGUACUACGUGGGUCUUUACUUCAAGAAACAAACCAACAACAGUAGAGCUGAUCACACUUGGACAGAUUGGUGCAAAAGCUAAAACUAAAUCAGACAGACUGAGUGUUACAGCGAACUGUUCUCUGCUUAUAAAGAAGCUCACAGUUGAGGAUGUUGGUUUUUAUUACUGUCAACAAUACAAAGUCGAGGAAACACCAUCUAAAUACACUCUGGUUCGUCAGUCUUUGGUUCAUCUCUCUGUUAUUACCUUGACUGAACAUAAGGACACUGAUAAGGUGACAUUAAGCUGCUCUGUGGUGAGAAAUGGAGAUUGCCAUCACACAGUGAAGUGGCUGAUUACAGGUCAAGAUGUGGACAAAGAGAACAAAGAAAUAGUGACUUCACAGACUGUCUGCUUCACCAAUGUGUCUGUUCCAAAGUCUCACUUUCUCCACUCAUCAACUGAUAAAAUACUCAAGUGUGAGGUGACUGACACUAAAUCAGGAAGAGUACAGGUGUUUAGCCCACAGCCCUCAGGUGAGGAAACAGUUGACCCAAAAACAACAACAAAAAUGAACAGAAAAUCUGAAAGCGACACAACAUCAGGAACAACCACAAUAACAAAAAGUAGUCCUUCCAUAACAGGUUAGAUUAUGAUGAUUAAGCUGACAAAAUUCAGCAAAAAUAUCUGUUUGUUUGGAACUUUAAGAAGACUUUUAAACUUCUGUUUUUACAUAUUUCUUCUCCAUUUUGUUCCAUUACAUUUACUUACAUUUCAGACAUUCGAAAUAAGCCUCUUAUCUUACAGGAAACAGAAAAUGAUUGAUUUUUGCAGUUCAGUGAUUGAUUCACCUCUGAAUAUCUUUGUAGUCAUUGGAGA